AUGAAAUCGCUGCGGCUGAACGUAUCAGAAGAUCGUCAAACCAUCCAUGGACGACACUCACGACCUUCAAACUCAAUCAAUGCUACUGUAGAAAACAUCUCAAUUGAUGUCAUGAUGGACAUAUUCUCUAGAUUAUCGUCAAAAUCUAUAGCCACAUGUCGCUGUGUAUCGAAGCUCUGGGUUUCCAUACUCGGAAUUCCCUAUUUCACUGAGUUGUUCCUGACCAAAUCUUGUGCUCUACCGAGGCUAUUGUUCGUCUGCCAUAAAGACAGUGAGCUGAUCGUCUUCUCCACACCUCAGCCUACAAAUCCAUAUGAGAACUCGUCUCCUUUAGCUGCCACUUAUCAUAUGAAAAUUCCUUUUGGUAGGUAUUGUGAUAACAUUAGACCUAUCCAUGGCCUUGUUUUUAUUCAAAAUGAGCAGAGGUUCAAAUUGGCGUCCGUGAUAUGUAACCCUACCACAAGACAAACCUUAACUUUACCGAAACCAAAGACAAGGAAGAGGUUACAUAUACUUAGCUAUUUUGGGUAUCAUCCGAUGGAGAAACAAUUCAAGGUACUUUCAAUGACGGAAAGAGAUGGGAUUUCUGUUGAGCAUCAAGUUCUAACAUUAGGAGCUAAGAAACUGUCAUGGAGAAUGAUCGAAUGUUGCAUACCCCAUUGUCCUAAGUUUGAGGGGAUAUGCAUUAAUGGUGUUUUGUAUUACCGUGCUUUCGUAGACAUAUCUUCAAAUAUUUUUAUGAUAGUUUGCUUUGAUGUUAGGUCCGAGAAGUUUAGCUUUAUUAAAGCAACGGAACCUUUCAUCAUAGAAGCAAAACUGAUUAACUACAAUGGCAAAUUGGGUUUAGUUAUGUCGGAAGGGCGUCAAUAUAUCAGUGGAAAACGUAGACGUUUUGAGAUGUGGGUUCUAAAAGACUCCGAAAAACACGGAUGGAUCAAGAAUACUUACGAAUUGCCUCCUCUGUGGCAGUAUGGAAUUACAGUGGAAUUAUUACAUUUUGUUGGGGUGACUGGUACUACAAAUGAAAUUGUGUUCUCGCCGACGUAUCUAGCCGACCUUUUCUAUGUUUUAUACUACAGUUUCCAGAGGAAAACUAUCAGAGUAGUAGAAAUCCAAGGAAUGGGAGGGUCUAAGAAAAAAAAUUGGGUUCAAAUGUUUAUAGACCAUGUAGAGGACGUGAGGCUUAUGUAA